AUAGAGUCCCGAAGUUUCUUUUUCAUAUCAUCCACUGGUUUCACAUGUAACAUAUGAUUCACUUAUUCAGAACCUAAAAUAUUUGGAGUGGUCUUAUUGGCUGGAUUAAUGAAACUAAUACAAAAAAGUCACAAGAUUUAAUGAUUUAUAAUAACUUUAGAUAGUAAUCAAGCUCUGUGAACACAAGAAAUUGUCCAGAAAUGUGGGUAUUUGCAUACGGCUUAAAUUCUCAUCAAGUUUUAUCAGAAAAGAUAAGAACAGUGGUGUUUGCGUCAAUAUCUAUAUUAUAAGGGGCUAGUUACUAUGCUCAUUUGGAUUGACUGAGUGGUAGUUAAAUCCUGUUUGUUGUGUUACGAAAGAGACCGCUGAGAUAAAUGUGUGUGCUUACACCAAGAGAAGUAUCUUCCAUAACUUCAGUAUCAGCACCAGGAUUUAACACGACAAACAAUGGUCCAACCACAAUGUACACUAAGGUGGUGCCACCUUUAUUCUUACCUAAUUUAUAAUGUCUUAUGUGCGCUUGUGAAGCAGUUUGAAUUUUGGCUACAACUGUGAGUGGAGUUGAGAAGAGUGCUCUCUGAGGAAAGAGCUACAUUCAUAUAGAGUUUGACAAUGAUUUGAUCAAUAAUAUUCAACACGUCUCACCCAGGGCAGGCAGUGAUUUCAAAAUAUUUCCUUCUGAAGGGAAUAGCGAACUAAAGUUAAGGCCAAGGAGGAUAUAAAGCAGAAUAAGAAAUGGAUUGAAAUGGAAAAGAGAACAUUCAGACUACGCUGCUGUAGCAUGUUGGGAUUAAGCCACUUUUGAUGCAGUAGUUAUAUAAAAAUCCAAGCUAAGAUCAUGUCUCUUCCGUUACGUCUUGAGGGACAUCCUUUCUACACCGGCUCAGGUGCAAAAAGCUUGAAUAUGGGAGAUCUAAGAACUCCCACUGUGGACUACCAAGGAAAGAUUUUCACUUCAGCCUCAGAUGCAUUGCAAGCUUACAUUGAAGAUUUUGAGGGCAAAUCCCCAAAAGUGAAAUAUGAAAGACAGGUGAAUAACCUUUUGUUGCCACCCACAGUGUUAUCCCAGACAGUCAACAGGUCCCUGGAAACUGGCAUAAGGCAUACUAGAGAUGAGAAGAGGCUGUAUGACAUGAAGAGAAUGGUGGACGAGUCCUUUGAGAAGAUUGUGAAAGAGGAAGAGAAAAUUAGACAGGUAAAAGAAGCUUUGACCCAGUCUGCUAAGGUUAUCCAUGAAGUCUCUGCAGACAGGCACAGCAGCGACUCAACAUCCAGUGAAGUGGACAUGAGUAACAUUCCAAGUGAUUUAGACAGCCUCUCCACUGACAUGCUGGUCUCCAUCCCACCUCUGACCUCCAGCAGACACAUAAGACACAAGACUCACAAGAAACACGUGUAUUCAUAUAGGACAAACUAUCAAAAAAAUGAUGACCCGAGAGUGCUGACUUUGCAAGACCUGGGUCACAACAGAAUUGAUCAAGGUAGUAUUGGCCAUACAAUUCAAAGAACAGACAAUAAGGAGUCAAGGCAAGGUCAUUCCAGACAGAAUUUUGAAGGUGAAAGGUCAGGCAGUCGGGAUGGUGUACGUAACAGAAAACCUGUGGUCAGUCAUAAAUAUCAUACAACUAGUCCAGAUCCAUCCCCAGAGAGCAUUGAUACCAAAGGUAAACAUCCCCUCCCUUACGACAGCCAUGACAGAAGCCAGACUAUACCUUUAAAUAAUUUUAAAGAACAAUAUUAUCAACACAAAAAAUCUGCUCGCCAUGAAACCCAUAGAGGACAUGUUCAUGAGUCUGCAUACCAAGAGCCCACACAGCAGGCACGUGCCUCUCUUCGUCCCAAGUCGGAUCAUCCUAAGACAAAAGGUGGAAGGCCCCCACCAAGCUGGAUAACUGAUGUUCCAGAGUUUCCUGUGAAUGCAGAUUUCAAAGUGGGUAGAAGUUUCCCUCCUCCUGGUGGGAGACCUCCUCCUAGCUGGAUAACAGAUGUUCCAGACCAUACUGAGAUCACAGUGACAGGGUACAGAAGGAAGUUAAGGUUAUUGAGAAAAUCAAAAGAAGAUGAGAUUUACCCAACCUCAGGGAAGAGACCCUCAAAGUUGCCUGCUGAAUAUGAACUCCCAGGUUCUCCACCUGGAGUAGGACCUCUGGGGUUCAGAUCUCCUAACUUUUCUGAAGGGGGAAGGCCCCCACCAAGCUGGAUAACAGAGGUUCCUGAACAUCCAUUUAUCAGUGAGGGCCCCUCAGUGACUGCAAGACAAGCUGAUGACGAUAGUGAAGAAAGAUCUCCACUCGCAGGAGGGAGGCCCCCACCCAGCUGGAUAACAAAUGUUACGGAUACUCAGAGUUAUCUGGCAUCCAACGGUAAUAACAUUGGGAAAAUAAAAGAUAUGGAUAAGAAUCGUGUAAGGGAAACUGCCAAGGACUCCUUUUCCUUUUCUGACCUUGAGGAAGGAGGUUCACUUCCAGAGGACAGGUUGCCGUCAAGUUUGAACCCUGAUGUUCCAGACAAAGACAGGCAUACUCUAGCAACAAGGUCCUCAUCAAAACCUACCUCAACAGAUUACAAGCCUCCCGAGGCUUUCAAACCUCCUCCCAGUUGGAUCACUGAUGUCUCAGAUCCCCCCGCCCCUGUCCCAACAAAGGGGGGAAGAUCAGCUCCCAGUUGGAUCACUGACGUGUCAGAACCCACCAGGGCACCUGCACCAGCACAAGGGGGGAGACCAGCACCCAGUUGGAUCACUGAUGUACCAGAGACUGAACAGAUGCAGCAUCCAAAUGCUUGGCAUCCUCCGCCUAGCUGGAUAACUGAGGUGCCCACCAUCCUCUAUGACUUGUCACCUCAGCAAAGUGCUCAAACUUUGCAAGAUAAAGAAGUCAAGUCUUCUUCAAGGUGGCUAACAGAUGACACCAGUGAGGACACUGCAGUACCUAGUAAAGAAGAGGACGGAUUAAUGUCUUCCUAUGGAACAAUACAGUUACGAGGUAGGGAGGGUAUGGCAACUGAGUCUACGCAAGUCAGUAGGUAUACUAGCAUAGGACAAGGUAACCACACUGCUGAAGUUUCAUUGAAAGGUAAACCACCACCAAGCUGGAUAGGUGAACUAGAAUACCCAGGUAGAUCUUUACAAGCAAAUCAGCACAAGGGCAAAGGUGCAGGAGAGCAACCAACAACGGGGUAUAAAAAGAAGUACACACAGAGAGAACUCAACAAAGACUAUGACUUCCCAUCUGAGAAAUAUCUUACAGACUGGUCUAAGUACACCCAAGGUAGCAGCAGCACCUCAGCUGGUGUGCCAAGCUCUGUGACCUUGCCAACUACCCACAGUUUCUCUUCCACAACAACACAAGGAGGAAAUGCUUAUACAUUCGGGAGACAGUGGUCAUCAGGGCAUCCAAUGCCACAGCAGCAGACCUAUAAAAGAAGGUAUCCCAACUCAGCGUCUUCAGAUGGCAGUGACAGCAGCACUGGCGUGUACAGGGUUUCAAAGGCCACAGCACCGUUAGAUGUGUUAGAGAAGCAAGGUGCCAGCAGAUCACAAUCAUCAAGUUCCUCAGGUAGAAAAGAGAACAGUCCUGGGGGUCCAGGUGAGGUUAAGCAGGGUUGCUAUGUAGAUAGUCCUCAGACUGAUGUGGUACUGGAGGGGGACAGGUCCUGGGAAAGACUACCUGUGCCAUUCAAAGCUCCAAAAUAUGUUGAAGAAAGAACAGGUUCUGAAGGGCAAACAUCAGUUAAGAGAGGAAGAAUUAUGGAUAAAUUUCUACAAGAUUGCUUGAAUGAUGAACAGACGUCUACCUCCCCGCGUCUCACUGGCCAGAACACACCAGGGUCCAUGGAAGCUCUGAAGACUAUACUUUUUAAAAUGCAGAGCAUGGCUACAACCCCAGAGGAUGUUGAGGAAGAAGUAGAAGAACACUGUGAUAAAGAGAAUUCAUCAUCUUUAAUGAAGACAGCUGGCACUGGCAAAACCCAGAGUUCUCCAGUGAAGAUUCAGGACAUCACUAGUAUAAAGUUAAAUAUGGAGGUCACAGGGGAACCUGGAACUAAAUCACUAGAAAGAGCCAUGGUCCACCUCUCUCGACUGCAGUCUAUAGUACAGGUUUCAGAUAACACAACAGCCAGUACUUCAACCAAGAAACCAUUCAAAAGUAAUGAUACUAAUCAGUCCACUUCCAGCAACACUGAGGAUGGCACUUGAUGUCCACAUUUUACAACUCAUCGAAUGUUACUUAAAACAUUACGGAUACAUUCACAAGCUCUGUUAUUGUCUAUGGAGUGUAAUUAUUAUUAUUUUACAUUAACAGAACCUGUGCAGAUGGAGGACAAAGAGGAUGUUGAAUGAUAAAAUAGGAAAUGGUAUUUUCAUUCAUGUAGGAUCUGAAUGUGUUUGAUUCAUUAUCAUUUCACAAAUGUGGAAAAGUCACUGAUUAUAUGAAAAUGGAAAAAAUAUGGUGUUUUCUCUGGUGAUUAAGUAGGGCCUUUUCCUGUCUUCGUACAUAACAUACAUUGAACUGACCCAGAUAUAACCAGAGCCUUCCAUUCCAUUACUUAAUUUGUGAAGUUUAUAUAUGCAUGAAAGAGACAGAUGCUCAUUAAUCUAAGAUGAUGUAAUUUUGUGAAACAUAGUUAUCUUGACUGCAUUUGCAACAGUAUGUUGAAAAUGGAGGAUAAUUGGAUCAUCUGUUGUUGCUUCAUAGAGUGCAUUAAGUCAUUUGUUGGAGUGUUUCGUGUCAGUGAUUAUGGCAUAACAUGUUUGACCAAUGUGAACAAGUCAGUAUCUGAUGGCCUUUCCAGAAACCAGCAUUUUUUAACAUAUAGCAGCAGCAAAACCAGUCAUACAUGCCUCCACCUUUGUAAUAAUGUUGCCUGGUUCUGAGAUCUAAUAAAGUUAGAUAUUUGGUGUAAGUUAUUAGCAUAUGUUCUUUUCAUGUUAUAUAUAAAUAUUAGAUAUCCUUCACUUGGCAAAAACCCUACAAUCUUUAAAAUGCU